UGUCCUACCAUCGCCAUCACCCUUCAAUUAUGCUGUUGCGUAAAUUAAGACAGAGAGGGCAGUGUGCGAGCAACAUAUUGUGCACGAUACUCUUAUUUUAAGUCAUCUCAUGAAUAUUGCACCUUGCCCCAAAUUUACAAUUGAUCUGACGACAGUACAGCAACAGUGAGCCAAUGGAAAUCCAAGUUCCACUAGUUGAAACACUAGUUAGGAUGGCAACACAUCUCCAAAGACGGAUUUACGGGAACCUCUUGCCAAAAGAAUAAUAAUAAUAAAAAAAAAAAUAAUAAUAAAAAAAUAAAAAUAAAAAAAAUAAAUAAUAACAAUUGAAAACAGACACUGCAUUGGAGAAACCAGAUAUCAGCGAAGAAAUCACAUGUACAUCCGGCAAUAUACAACGCGAUACCAGCCGUACCAUCUCAAGCGUCUUGGGGAUGCGUACUUUGCGCGUCCGUUUCUGAGCAUUAAGGAUAGACUGCCUUGCUUGUGGAUACAUUUUGUUUAAAAUGGACAUUGCACUGAUUGGAUUUUGCCGAGGAAUGGCAAUGCACAGCAAGAAAAAUUCCUAAACUUGCGUUUUUCCUCUUUUCAUCCUACUGACCGUCACGUUUCCAGGGGAGAGUUUGUGAUACCCAAGCUGAUCACGAAACACUUCACGGAUUAUUAUACAGUCGAGCUAAAGAGGGACCGGUGUCUUCAAGGUUAUGGAUUGGCCGUGCUCAUGAUGUUUUCGAAUUUACCACGUUUAAGCGGAUGACACCCCAAACUACAUCUGCACUACCGUGAGCUGGGUCAUUCCUGCACAAGAAAAUGCAUAUCUGGAUACUGAAAAUAUUAUUGCUGGUUGCCACAUCUCUGAGUCUGGUUGAGAUGUAUGACAAUUAUGGAGAGAUUUGUAAGAAUCUGUGCACUUGCGAGGAGAAGGAUGGCAUUCUGACGGUCAGUUGUGAGAACAGGGGCAUUGUGAGACUGUCGGAAAUAAGCCCAGUGCAUUUUUCUAUGUACCAUCUUUUGCUGACAGGUAAUUUGCUGAAAAAAAUAUCUAUCAAUGACUUCAUCAACUAUACAGGAGUUACCAUUUUGCAUUUAGGUAAUAAUGACUUAUCUGAGGUGGAGACCGGGGCAUUCAAUGGACUCCAGGGAUUAAAGAGAUUACAUCUGAACAAUAACAAAAUAGACAUUCUUAGGGAUGACACUUUCGUCGGACUUGAGAGCCUAGAAUACCUUCAGAUAGACUAUAAUUUUAUUAGCAUUAUUGAACCUAAUGCUUUGAGCAGGCUUCAUCAACUGACUGUGCUGAUUCUCAAUGACAACUUGUUGUCCUCUCUGCCCACAAACAUUUUCCGAAAUGUGCCCUUGACACACCUGGAUCUUAGGGGCAACCGCUUAAAAAUGUUCCCUUACAUUGGCCUUUUGGAGCAUAUGGAUAAAGUAGUGGAAUUACAGCUUGAGGAAAAUCCUUGGAAUUGUUCUUGUGAGCUCAUUGCGCUUAAGGCUUGGCUGGAGAGCAUCGCCUACACAGCUCUGGUGGGGGAGGUGGUUUGUGAGACUCCUUUCAGGCUCCAUGGCAGGGAUCUGGACGAGGUCUCAAAGCAGGAACUGUGUCCCAGAAGGGCCAUAUCAGAGUAUGAGAUGCGCCCUCCACCCCCACUCAGCACCAGCAGCUAUUUCCAGACCACGCCGGUGGCUGUGACAGCAUCAGCCACGUCUUCAGCUGUCCUGCGAUCCUCAUCUAGGCCAACCAAGGGCACUCGCCAAUCCAGCAAAACCAAGUUGAAGCCCACUUCUCGAAUCCCAGCAAACCCCUACAACUACGGGCCCAUCAUUGGUUUUCAGACCAAAUCUCCCGUGCCUUUGGACUGCCCAACCACCUGUACAUGCAAUUUGCAAAUCUCUGACCUGGGGCUAAAUGUCAACUGCCAGGAAAGGAAGAUUGAAAACAUAUCAGAUCUGAAGCCCAAGCCAUACAAUCCUAAAAAGAUGUACCUCACAGGCAAUUACAUCCCUGUCGUACGUAGAUCUGACUUUGUGGAGGCUGAGGGACUGGAUUUAUUGCACCUGGGAAACAAUCGGAUAGCACUCAUACACGACAGAGCCUUUGGGGAUUUAAUUAACCUACGUAGGCUGUAUUUGAAUGGCAAUUUAAUUGAGAGACUCACAGCAGAUAUGUUUUUUGGGCUAAAAAGUCUGCAGUACUUGUAUUUAGAAUAUAAUAAGAUUCGAGAGAUUGUAGGUGGCACCUUCCGCUUUGUGCCCAACCUUCAGCUACUUUUCCUCAAUAACAAUCUUUUAAAAACAUUGCCAGGAGGCAUCUUCUCUAGUCUGUCUCUCUCCCGCCUCAACCUUCGCAGCAACCACUUUCAAAACCUGCCUGUGAGUGGAGUUCUGGACCAGCUGAAAUCACUGGUUCAGAUUGACCUGUUCGAGAACCCUUGGGAUUGCUCCUGCGAUGUGGUUGGCAUGAAGAUCUGGUUGGAGCAGCUGAACACUGGAACUGUUGUCAAUGACGUCAAAUGUGUGACUCCCAAGCGGCUUGCAGGACAGGAUAUGCGGGUCAUCCCUUCUGAGCAGUUAUGUCCAAAUUACUCUGACAUCAUUGUGUCCACUGUGGUUCCUUCCGAAGAGCCUUCAGCAGACAGGAUCACCACCACGGAGACACCACAGAGGUUUAACACCCCUUCCAGUAAUGUUCCUUUGUCUGUCCUCAUUCUCAGCCUUCUUCUUGUUUUCAUUAUGUCGGUCUUUGUGGCAGCCGGCCUAUUUGUGGUGGUGAUGAAGAGGCGUAAAAAGUCUCAGAGUGAACGUACCAGCACAAACAAUUCAGACGUGAGCUCCUUCAACCUGCAGUACAAUAUCUAUAGCAAUCGCUCAGUCCCCAAGGUCAAGGCCCCAGCGGGUCACGUCUAUGAGUACAUCCCACAUCCAUUAGGUCACAUGUGCAAAAACCCAAUCUACAGGUCCCGGGAAGGAAACGCUGUGGAGGAUUACCCUGAUCUGCACGAACUCAAGGUCACCUACAGGAAUAAUGCUGAGCAGGACCAGGAGGUCACCUUGAGGAGUCCCAAUUAAUUAGU